AUGGAGAGAGUUCUAGCUCGCGUCCCGGCUCAAUUGCUGUCCGACUCCGGCUUGCUGGUCCGCUGGCUGCCCGUCACGCUGGUCUCUAUCGCAGCUCUCUACCUCACGUACCGCUAUGUGUUGAGCCUCCAGGAAGCUCCGGUGGCUUUCAAUGUACCGAUCCCGUCCGAGGUGCGCGCAGGUUGGCAGGGUACAGCCUGGGAGGAUGCACGGGGGGAGGAGAAAAGGGUGCUGGAGGGGCAGGCCAGGGGUAAAUGGGACGAGAAGUUGAUUAUGAGCUACUGUCCGGCCGAUGGACGAGUGCUUGGCCAUGGACUCAAACCGGAGACACCAGAGGGGAUUGACCGUGCGGUGCAGGCGGCCAAAAAGGCGCAGGUUGAAUGGGCGACGACUUCGUUUGUGGAACGGAGGAAGGUGCUCAAGAGUCUACUGAAAUACGUGCUCGACCACCAGGAUGACAUCGUGACUGCCUGCUGCCUCGAUUCCGGCAAGACGAAAGUGGACGCCUCGUUUGGCGAGAUUCUCGUGACAACCGAGAAGCUGCAGUGGACCAUCGACCAUGGCGAGCGGGCUUUGGCGGCCGAGUCACGGCCGACGAACCUGCUGAUGAUGUACAAGAAGAACCGGGUCACCUACGAGCCGCUGGGGGUGGUUUCGGCGUGCGUGUCGUGGAACUACCCCUUCCACAACUUCAUCUCGCCCGUUAUCAGCGCACUGUUUGCCGGCAACGCGAUUGUGGUCAAGCCGUCCGAGCAGACGGCGUGGUGCACCGCCUACUUCCUGGAAAUCAUCCGCGGCGCGCUGGCCAGCUGCGGCCACUCUCGCGAUCUCGUCCAGAGCGUGGUGUGUCUGCCUGCAGCGGCGGACUCGCUGACCUCCCACCCGGACAUUGCCCAGUUGACAUUUAUCGGCUCGCGGCCCGUGGCGCACAAAGUGUGUGAGUCGGCGGCCAAGUCCCUGACCCCCGUUACCGUCGAGCUGGGCGGCAAGGAUCCUUUCGUCGUGCUGGAUGACGCCCGCACCGUGCGCGAGCUACCGGCCAUCGCCUCCAUUGCCAUGCGCGGCGUCUUCCAAUCUGCCGGUCAGAACUGCAUUGGCGUGGAGCGCGUGAUCGCCCUGCCAGGCGCAUACGACAAGCUGUUGGAGAUCGUGACCCCCCGCAUCCAGGCCCUGCGCCUGGGCUCAGUGCUACUGGAUUCGGGCUCGGACUCCCCCAACGUCGUGACCCCCGAUAUGGGCGCCAUGAUCUCGCCCGCAUCGUUCGACCGGCUGGAAUCGCUCAUCGCCGACGCAGUCCGCCAGGGCGCCCGCCUGCUCUGCGGCGGGACUCGGCACGCCCACCCACGCCACCCGCACGGGCACUACUUCACGCCCACGCUGCUUGCAGACGUGACGCCGAGCAUGCGCAUCGCGCAGACGGAGCUCUUCUCGCCCGUCUUCCUGGCAAUGCGCGCCGAGAGCGUCCCGCACGCCAUCGCCAUCGCCAACUCCACCCCUUACUCUCUGGGCGCGAGCGUCUUCGGCUAUAACACUCCCGACGUGUCUUCCUGCGUCUCGCGCAUCCACGCCGGCAUGGUCGCCGUCAAUGACUUUGGCGCCUACUACGCCGUGCAGUUGCCCUUUGGCGGCGUGCGCGGGUCCGGCUACGGUCGGUUUGCAGGGGAAGAGGGCCUGCGCGCCGUCAGCAACCUCAAGGCCAUCUGUGUCGAUCGCUGGCCGACGGUCAUGGCAACACGGAUCCCGCCACGGGUCGACUACCCGAUCUACAAGGGUGAAGGGGAGCGCAAUAACGGCUCGGGAGCCUGGGAGAUGUGCAAGGGGGUCGUGGAGACGGGGUACGAGGUCACCCUUGCCGGGAGGGUGAAGGGGAUUGUCCGACUAUUAAAAAAUAUGUAA